AUACGCCUUCCUUGACACAGUUCUCCACCACUUCGGCAGUGUUCGUAAGUAAGCCGAAGACAUACGACCCACUUAUAGAGUUUCUUGAAAUAAGAACUCCUUUUAUCUGCUAUCACAUUCGUGCAAGACGUUCAUCGAAAACGACAGUAAACAUGAGGCAAACCACUUGGAUUUUGGCGGUGGCCGUAGGAUGUUUGGUGAUGAUGAACAGCAUGACAGAAGCCAAGUCUUUAGUUAAAAGAGACAUUGAAAACAACAUUGACCCAGCCAAAGAGGAGAUUGAAGCCGACGAACAAGACAGAGAGAAGAGAAGCCAAAACCACCCAGUUGAUCCUAAAUGGGGAGCCAAGAGUGCAGUUAUUGGUUUUGUAUUCAACAAAGUCAAUUCAUUCAUCGAUCAAAAAACCCACUGGUUAAACCAACUCGACAAGACCAACAUCGCCAAAAAUAAGGCUCACGGCAUCUACCCACCAGCAGAUCCUGUAGUGUCUCUGUCUAGCAUCAUCUCAGGCAAGAUCGGUCAGGUCCUCCAGGCCUCAGCACCAUUGGUUACUGUCGUCACGAACAAACUCAGCAGCGGUUCGAAUCCCUCAGCUGGCUCUCAUGCCGGGUUCAAGUUCGGAAACCUUUUGGGAGGAUUUAGCGGUGGAUCAUCUGGUGGUGACCACAGCCUCCAGGCAUCCGCCAAUCUAGGCGGCGCUGCGCACGUUGGCGCAGGCGUAGGAGUGGGAGGUUAUGGAGGUUACUAAGUCGACGUUUUUUGGGGAGAAAUAUGUUGUUUGGGAAGAGCAACUAAAGAGAUAACUAUAAUUUAAAAUUGGUCCUACUGAACUCAACUCUUAUAGAGUGGAUGCCAGUAAUUUUUCUAGAAUCCAGUCUUCACCUAUAUUUACUGAAUGAUGGAAAAACGAUUAAUCUACGACAAGAAGUGAAAAAAUAUUUAUUCCAUUGCAAACUAACUAGAUGAACCAUCAUAUAGUCUGAGUUCAUUUUGUUCCAAAAUAUUUUCAUUUCAAUUGGAAAAAGUUACCAAAUUUUUAAAAUCCCAGUACUGUUUGAAUGAUAUCUAGUCAAAGUUGAAGUUCUGAAAGCUUCAUUCAUUCGAAAAAAAAAUAAAAUAAUUUCUUAUUUGAAGUGCUGUUCUUCCCAGUGAAAA